CGCAAACACCAAACUUGUUUACUGUACACAUCUAGAAAGAGAGAGAGAGAAAAGGUGUGAGAAACGCCAAACUUCUCCUCUCUGUCUCUCUAUCUAUCUCAAUGUAUUUCGUGUGAUGAGUGUGAAAGAACUACUACGUCAAUCUUUCUGGUCAUUUUAUAGAGUGGGUAGCAGCAGCAACACUGUUUGUUUACUCUAUUUUUAAGCUUUACACAAAAAGAAAAGCAAAACAAACAGUGAAGAAUAGAGAGUAGAGUAGAGAAUGAAAGAAAGAUUAUAGUGAAGGAGGAAGAUAAUUAAAAAACUAUUAAGAGAUUCCUUUAGGUGUCAGAGAUAUAUAGAGAGGAUAAGAAAGAAAAGGUGGUAAAGAAGGAAAAUCAUGGCAGGAGGAGCAGCUCCAGCACCUAAACAAGAUGAGUUACAGCCACAUCCAUCAAAAGAACAACUACCUAACAUUGCCUACUGUAUAACUAGUCCUCCUCCAUGGCCGGAGGCUAUACUUCUGGGUUUCCAGCACUACUUAGUUAUGCUUGGUACCACUGUCAUCAUCCCUACUGCACUUGUACCCCAGAUGGGAGGAGAUAAUGAGGAGAAAGCAAAGGUCAUCCAGACAUUACUAUUUGUUGCUGGUUUGAACACUUUGGCCCAAACAAUGUUUGGAACUCGGUUACCUGCUGUAAUUGGAGGCUCUUAUACGUUUGUGGCACCUACAAUUUCAAUAAUUUUAGCUGGUCGAUACAACUCUAUUGUGGAUCCUCACGAGAGAUUUGAGCGGACUAUGCGAGGAAUUCAAGGGGCCUUAAUCGUCGCUUCAACUCUUCAGAUUGUACUUGGCUUUAGUGGUCUUUGGCGUAAUGUGACUAGGUUCCUAAGUCCACUCUCAGCCGUUCCUUUGGUGGCUCUAGCUGGAUUCGGGCUUUAUGAGCUGGGUUUUCCUGGGGUUGCAAAAUGUAUAGAAAUCGGACUACCUCAGCUAAUAUUGUUAGUAGUAUUCUCACAGUAUUUACCCCAUCUAAUACACGCGAAAGAUGUCUUUGACCGGUUUGCUGUUCUAUUUUCGGUGGCUAUCGUAUGGAUUUAUGCUCACCUCCUAACCGUUGGUGGUGCCUAUAAGAAUUCGCCUCAUGCAACUCAAAUUAGUUGUCGUACAGAUCGUGGUGGACUUGUAGGCGCUGCUCCAUGGAUAAGAGUUCCAUAUCCGUUUCAAUGGGGUGCUCCUACGUUUGACGCAGGAGAAGUCUUCGCAAUGAUGAUGGCUUCAUUUGUAGCUCUUGUAGAGUCUACCGGUGUCUACAUUGCACUGGCAAGAUAUGCAAGUGCUACUCCCUUGCCACCUUCUAUUCUCAGCCGCGGUGUUGGUUGGCAGGGAAUUGCAAUUCUGCUCUCUGGGUUGUUUGGAACUGUAACUGGAUCCACAGUAUCUCCUGAAAAUACUGGUCUGCUAGCAUUAACUCGUGUUGGUAGUCGAAGAGUUGUGCAAAUUUCAGCUGGUUUCAUGCUGUUCUUUUCAGUUCUAGGAAAAUUUGGAUCAAUCUUUGCAUCCAUCCCCGCUCCAAUUAUAGCUGCCUUUUAUUGCUUAUUCUUCGCUUAUGUUGGUUCGGCGGGUGUCAGCUUCCUUCAGUUCUGCAAUCUAAACAGUUUUAGAACAAAGUUCAUUUUAGGCUUCUCAUUUUUCUUAGGUCUAUCGGUACCACAGUACUUUAAUGAGUACACUGUGGUCAAGGGUUAUGGUCCUGUUCAUACAAGUGCAAGAUGGUUCAAUGAUAUGAUCAAUGUCCCUUUCCAAUCUGAAGCUUUUGUCGCUGGACUUGUUGCAUUUUUUCUAGACGUUACCAUGCACAGAAAGGACAACUCAAUUAGGAAAGACAGAGGUAUGCAUUGGUGGGCCAAGUUCCGAUCGUUUAAGGGCGACACUAGAAGUGAGGAAUUCUACUCCCUGCCUUUUAAUCUUAACAAGUUCUUCCCAUCUGUGUAAUUCUACUCCCUGACUCGUUGAUCCAAAAAUUAAUGGCUGCAAUCAAGUGUUCUACCACUCCCAAAAGCUCUUUGGAACUAGUACACUUGGUACACCUUAUAGUGUAAUCUGUUUUUUGAACGUAGUUUAAAUGGAUGAUAAGCAGUAGAUGUGUAAGUUAAUUUGCCUCUAUUUACAGAAUUUUCCAUGUUUCAUUAAUAUCUCUAAAUAUUAUCCGGGACUCUUCUUUGUACAAUGUCAAUCCCACAUUUCAUUUUGA